AUGCCCCACUCCGAAGACCCCCCUCCGCAGCCUACGGCAACAGCGGCCAAUGCGGCGCCUGCUAAUUCGGAUCAUCCCCGUGCGUCUCACACUUCCAACCGCGUCGUCGCCGCAAAAACCGGCGCCAAUCACGGCGGGGGCUCUUCCGGCAGCUCCAUGUCGACCGAGGCGCUCGCCGCCGCGACGGUGCGCGCCGUCGCGAAUAUUAAUAUCCAGGACUAUUCUCACAGCCCCAUCCACACGGCGAUCCUUCAGCGCGACUACCACGCUUUAAGACGUAUUCUCGCGUCGGUCCCGCGCCCGCCGGUCCCGGGGAGUAUUAAGACCGAGGAGCAGUCAUUGGCUGCGGAGGUCCAGGCUGACGUGGCGCAGCGCACGCUGGAUCGGCGCGACGUGCCGCACAAGGAGUCGCCGCUGUGUCUGGCGGUGCGGCUCGGGGAUAGGGCCGCCGUGGAGUUAUUGGUCCAGGCUGGCGCUGACGUCAGCCUCCAGAACGGAGGCGGCUGGACGGCCAUCCAAGAGGCCGUGUGCACGCGGGACGAGGUCAUAGCCACGGCCAUCCUCCGCCACAGCGGGGUGCAGGUGUGGGCGCGCUACAUGCGCCGCCUGCCCGCACUCGCAGCCAUUCUCACGCGCAUGCGCGAUUUCUACAUGGAGGUCACGUGGUCGUUCGAGUCGUCCGUCAUCCCCUUCGUCUCGAGGAUCGCUCCCAGUGAUACGUACCGGAUUUGGAAGCGUGGGCCCCGGCUUAGGGCUGACAUGACUCUGGCUGGCUUUGAUGGCUUCAGGGUGAAGCGCAAGCCACAGAGCCUGAUCUUCAUGGGAGCGCCCAGCCCAGACGGGAAGCUUAAAGCCGGCACGCUGCUGGUGCUCAAGCACGAGCGGAAAGAGGCGUUUGAUGCUCUUGAGGCCGCGGGUUCGAUUCCCACCGACGCCGAAUUAAAGGCGGAGGUGCAAUCACUGUUCAUGACGAAUGUGUACAAGGCAGGAAUCGAUGUUUCGCAAGCGGAGCUCUCUCAGGUGCUGUCCUGGCGGGGGUUACCCAAGGUGGAGACAGUUGCGGGGCAUAGGGCAAUGCUUUAUGAGAUGCAGCACGUGCAUUUCAUGUUUCGGUCGAGACAGGUUCCUGGGGCGAUGACUGAUGAGGAGUUUUUGGGGGAGGGGGCUGGGAAGGUGAAGGGGAGGGGCGGACCGGGGAAGGGGGGGAGUGGGAAGGAAGGAGAGGAUGGAGGAGGGAAGGGUGGUGGGAAAGGGGGUGGGAAAGGAGGGAAAGGGAAAGAGGAGGCGAAAGCUGGAGGGGAGAAGGGGAGUGGUGGGAAGGAGAAGGAGGGGAAGGAGGGGAAGGGUGGUGAUGCUGGGAAGGGAGGGGAGGAGGAGGAGGGUGAGGGAGGGGAGGGGGGAGAUGGGAUAGUGGAGGAUGAAGAGGAGGACUAUAACGGAAUUCUGACAGAGGAGGAAAGGGCUCAGCUAAAGGCUGCUUUGGCUCAGGUGGAAGGGAUGGGGGAGGAGGAGGACGAGGAGGGGGAGGAGGGGAGGGAGGAGGAGCGCGAGAAGCAGGGAGAGGGAGGGAAGGGUUCAAAAGGAGGCGGGAAGGGGAAGGAGAGGGGAGGGACAAGCGAGGCAGAUGCAGGGAGGGAGGUGGAGGAGGAUGGGGGGGGAAGGAGAGGGUGGUUGGGGGGCAAAAAGGACAAGGACAAGAAGAAAAAGGAGAAGGAGAAGGAUGAGGAGAAGGAUGGGAGUGCAGAGGCGUCUAAAAAGGGAGGCUGGUUUUCCAGGCGGAAAAGUAAUGAAGGCGGAGGAGGGGGAGGGGGAGGAGGAGGGGGAGGAGGAGGAGGGGGAGGAGGAGGAGGGAUGGGAGGCAAAGAGAGGGAGGUGGAGAGCGACAGUGAGUUGCAAGAAGAGUCCAAAGAGAGCAAGCGGCAGCUUGAAAGAAAGCUCUCAAGAAGCUUCUCAGACCGCGAGAGAGACAGCAGGGACGAGGAGGGGGGCACUGGGAAAGGCAGCAAGCGAGAGAAGGGCGAGGGGAGAAGCACGGGGAGGAGCGGGCGGGGCGCGGGAGCGGGGGAGGGAGGGGUAGAGGGGGAGGAAUACGCGGAGAAGGAAGGGGAGAGUGAGUAUCGGCGGGGGCUGAAGCCGGUGCUAUGGAUGACGAGGGAUUUCCCUUUGGAUAUGCAGGAGCUGCUGCCUCUGCUUGACCUUCUAUCAAACCGAGUGAAGGCGGUGCAGCGACUGAAGGAAUUGCUCACCAUGAAACUGCCCCCGGGGAUGGUGCCCGUGAAGGUGGCCAUACCAGUGGUUCCCACCGUCCGCGUGUCUGUCACCUUCUCCAAAUUCGAGGAGUUCAGAGCUGCUCCUGCACCCCUGCCAGAAGCCUGUUGUGGUGUCUCAAACACACACCCCUCCUUCCGGUCCCCCCUUCCUGCCUGUCUACAGGUGGCCAUACCAGUGGUUCCCACUGUCCGCGUGUCUGUCACCUUCUCCAAAUUCGAGGAGUUCAGAGCUGCUCCCGCCCCCCUGCCAGAAGCCUUUGCACUUGCUCAGGAGGAUGCAGCGUGGGAUGGGGAGGGCGAGGAGGACGAGGAGGAGGGGGAAGGGGAGGGGAAAGGGCGGAGGGGGAGAGGCGGGAAGGAGGGGGAUGGGGAGGAGGGUGGGGAGGAGGGAGACGAGUUUCACACUCCUACUGCUAGUCCGGAGAGGGACGUGGGGGGUGGAUCAGGAGGAGGAGCAGGAGGAGCAGGAGGAGGAGGAGGAGGAGAGGGUGGGAGAAAAGGAGGGAAGAGGUCGUGGUUCGGAUGGGCUAGGAGGAAGGGUGGGGGAGGAGAGGGGGGGAGCAGUGGUGGGGAGGGCACCGGGGAAAAAGGGGCUUCAUCGUCGUCAGCAGGAGCAGCAGGAGGAGGAGGAGCAGGAGAGAAAGAGGAUAAUUGGGCGGUUGAUCCUUUUGUCAUUCCAGAGGAGUACAAGUGGGUUGAUUUGAAGGAGAGGAAGCGGAGGGAGAGAGAGAAGAGGCGCCGAGCUAGGGCUGCUGCAAAGGCGAAGAAAGAGGGAGGGAAGGCAGGUGCUGCUGGUAGCAGCAGCACCAGUGCUGGCGCUGGUGGUGCUGCUGCUGCUGCUGCUGGUGCUGGUGGUGGUGCAAGUGCUGCUGCUGCUGAUGCUGCUGGUGCUAGUGAUGGUGGCGGUGGUGGUGGUUAG